AUGCGGCUGCGUAUUACAGCGUUUUAGUAAGAUAGCGUGGUGUGUUAUUAUUUAACUGUUUGUGAGUAUUUUUAUAUCUUGUACUAAAUAAUAAAUUUUAUAAAAUGCCGAAAACUAAUGCCGAAAUGUGUCGUCAAUAUCGACGCAAAAAAAAUGAAAUUAAAAUGAAAAAAAAUUCAGCAAAAAGUUCAACAGAACGUAGUCGCGAGUUUCGUGCACGUAAAAAACAAUUAUUGAACAAUCAAAAUAGAUGUUCAGAUAUAAGUGUCAAUGUGACUGAUGUAAUAAAUGACCACUCUCAGCAACAAAAUAGUGUUCCAACGGGAUAUAAUUUAGUAAAUAAUGAUUAUAACCCUCCAGUAGAUGUACAGCCAGAAAUUCCAUACUCACGGUUUCGUCGAAAUAAGUUUGCUCAUAAAGAAUUUAACGACAAGUUUUUAAACAAUAUGUUUGGUCAUAAGUGCUCCGUUUGUGAUCGAUUGUGGUUUAAGUUAGAUUUAAAAUCACCACGUGCUGAAGAUGAACAAUUAUUAAGGGUAAUAGUUGAAAAUUACAAUACAGUUGAAGAUAUUUUACUGUGCAACACGUGUUACCAAGCAAUUGGGAGGAAAGUGAUUCCUAUAAUGUCUACUUAUAACGGUUUUAAAUAUGAAAAAAUACCUGAGGUUUUACCACCGCUUGACUUAAUUUCGGAAAGACUUGUCUCACCACGAGUUCCAUUUAUGCAAAUUCGACGGUUACGACAUGUUCAUGGGCAAUAUGGAAUUUAUGGACAAAUCAUUAAUGUACCAGUCGAGGUAAACAAUAUGGUAAAACUCUUACCCCGUAAUGUCGAUGAUGAUUACUGUAUUAACGUACACAUUAAAAGAAAAAUAAUACAUAGAUCAAGCUAUUUAAUGGGACUAGUUAAUAAAGGACAAUUCGUGCAUGGCUUCAGUAUUUGCUUCAAACUCCACUUUAUUUAUUUUACGAUAUUAAAAUUGAUGAAAGCUUCUUCAACAAUAAUAGUAAUAAUGAAAUCGAUCUAGAAGAAAUGAGUGAAGAUAUACCGGUCGAAGAGAGUCUAACAGCACAACAGAAAACUCUACUUUGGAAUGAAGAUAUGUAUUUACGGAUCGCUCCUGGAGAAUAUAAUAUUCCCAAAAGUAUAAUUUUUGAUGAACAUGCCGAAGAACUUUCUUUCCCAUCGAUUUAUUUGGGUCAUUUCCGAAAAUUCAGAGAGGGAGUAAAUGCAACACCGUUCGCAAUAGCAACUAGCGAAUUACGAAGAUCAGAUCGGCGUGGAGUUACUCCACAUCAUUUAUUAUAUCUAGCAAUGAAAAUUAUGAGGUUAAGAGUUCGUGACUCGCUUACGAUUGCAUUUAAACAUGUGGGAAAAAAUACUAAUAUUACACGGCAGCAAGUUGAGUCAGCUGACUACAUUAAUAAUUGUAUCGAAAGUAAUUUAGCUUUUCUGCGCUCAAUACCAAAUUCAGUAUGGUAUUGGAGCGAUCGAAAAAGAGAUCUUUUUGCGAUGAUUCGGCAACUAGGAAAACCUACGAUGUUUCUUACUUUGAGUGCCAAUGAAAUCGGAUGGACCAAUUUAAUACAAUUAUUGUACAAAUUAAAAAAUAACGGUACUGAAAUUUCAGCUGAACAAGCUGCGUCACUGGAUUACAUAUCUAAGACUACACUAGUGAAUGAAGA